AUGCUAAACAAUACAAAGGCGGACGUAGUGAAUCACGACACGGUGCAGGGGCGGAUUCUACUGAGUAUCAAGCGGACAAUGUACACACCGGGCCGGCAACUGUCCUAUCGACACCAGCACCGCAAAGCGAAUCCUACCAGAGUACUACGGCGUGCAGUGGCGUUCUCCAAAUAUCUGUGCUUCCUGUGGUUCCUAGUUAUCUGUGAUAGUCAGACAGCGUCGCGUGUUCCAUUUCGGACUUUGUGGCUGGCUUCAGCAUCUUCCAUUGGGCUCCCCAGCGACAAACACACCGACAGUAUUAUUAGCAGUGCGGAAGCUGACGACCGACGCACUCCCGGCUACCAACAGCAGAGCGCAACCGUCAACCACACCAAACUGCAGGAGAUCGUGAUGGAAGGAUUAGGCUUGAGUGCUAUUCCCGACGUUCGCAUGAUGAACGUGAGCCAGCAGGAGUAUGAAACCAAAUAUGCCGAAUAUUUGAGUCGAGUCAAUCGCCGCCAUGCCGGUGCGCUCGCCGGAGAAGGUUGGUUCGAACAGAGGCGUCUCUUCAGCUUUCCCGGUACAGAUCAUAUGCUCAACCAUCGGAAACUGCGCCGCAAGCGUUCGCUGAAUAACGACUACGAUCUGGUGUACAUCCGGUUCGAUAUACCGACGCGAAACGCGAGCACCGGUGAGAUGACGGGCUUCCAGUCUCCCUCGCUGUACCACGACCCCACCGAGGAGGAAAACGAUGCCCCGCUUCCUUCCGCUGCGGACCAUCGACCCGUCAACGCUGCCGACUCGUUCGCGCACCCGCUCCACCACAGCAAACACCCCCAUCGUCAAUCGCUGUCCGAGCUGCCCCCAAUCUCGCCCGAGAACAUCGAGGAGUCGUCGUUGAACAUCAUGCUUACGCGAAGACAAAACAGCGCACGCAGCACAAAUGCCCAUAGUAAACAUCAACGACAGCAGAAGCAGCAGCAGCAGUCACCCCAACGGGAGGCGCAGCCGCAACAGGAAGAGCAGCAUCAGGUUCAACAGCCGACACACCCGACACCCGCCCAGCAUCACCAGCAGCAACUCCUGCAGACCCAUGCGCACCGGCGGAAGGGCCGGGUCAGGUAUAAACAGCACCAGCAGUCUGGGCCGCAACUGCACCAUCCGCAGCAUGCUGGCCGAACGGUCACGAUACACGUGUACCAGUUGGUGGAGCCGUACGAGCGCCAUCAUCUGACCUCAAAGACGGUCGCGGUGCAAGAGAUUGCGCCGAACGGAAGCCGCUGGUAUCAACUGCCGCUGGAGGAGGCCGUGCGCACCUGGCUGGAUGGGUCCCGCAAGAACCUCGGCCUAGAGCUGUACUGCGAGGGGUGCCACGCGCAUGGCAUCUACAUUGUCCACGAUGCGUCCCCGUUCUUCCGCACCUACGACGAAACGCCGGUCCUCAACGUGGUCGGGCGGUUGGUGCAGCGUGAGAAGCGCUCCAAGGUGCAGCGCUACCGACCGACGAUGCGCGACUACCUGUCCCCUCCGAAGACAACUGCCUGCACGGCCGGAAACAAGCGCUGCUGCCGUCAUCCGCUGCUGGUCGACUUCCGCGAUAUCGAGGGCUUCGCCUUCAUCAUCCAGCCGAAGAUCUUUGACGCCGGGUUCUGCCGGGGGCGCUGCCCUACCAAGUUCAAUCCCGCCACGCACCAUGCGUUGCUGCAAAGUUUGUUGCACGAGCACAUCAAGUACGACGUGCCGAAGCCAUGCUGCGCCCCGUCCAGCCUCGAUCACAUCGAUGUCCUGCACGUCGACCCCAACAAUUCACAGCGGCUAAAGGUGUCCACGUGGCAUAAUAUGCGCGUGCUCGAGUGCGCCUGCUCGUGA